UUUUCCUAGUUCUCCUCCACCUGGAAAUGCCAGAGUCUUCCAGAAAUCAGAGUGAAAUGGCCUGGAACAAUCAGUCAGUCAUAAGGGAAUUCAUACUACAGGGUCUCUCCAGUGCCUGGGAACUCCAGAUCUUCUAUUUCCUGUUUUUCUCCAUAGUCUAUGCAGCCACUGUACUGGGGAACCUCCUCAUUCUGCUCACCAUCGUGUCAGAGCCACGCCUUCACUCCCCCAUGUACUUUCUGCUGGGCAAUCUCUCCUUCAUUGACAUGUCUCUGGCCUCAUUUGCCACCCCCAAAAUGAUCGCAGAUUUCCUCAGUGAGCACAAAGCCAUCUCUUUUGAAGGGUGCAUCACCCAGAUAUUCUUCUUGCAUUUCUUAGGGGGCACUGAGAUUGUACUGCUGAUAUCCAUGUCUUUUGAUAGGUAUGUGGCUAUUUGUAAGCCUCUACGUUACUUAACCAUCAUGAGCCGGAGAAUGUGUGUUGGGCUUGUGACACUUUCCUGGAUUGUUGGCAUCUUCCAUGCUAUGAGUCAGUUAGCAUUUACUGUAAAUCUGCCCUUCUGUGGGCCCAAUGAAGUGGACAGUUUCUUUUGUGAUCUCCCCUUGGUGAUUAAACUUGCCUGCGUAGACACAUACAUCCUGGGAGUGUUCAUGAUCUCAACCAGUGGCAUGAUUGCCCUGGUGUGCUUCAUCCUCUUGGUGAUCUCUUACACUGUCAUCCUGGUCACCGUGAGACAACAUUCCUCCGGUGGGUCCUCCAAAGCCCUCUCCACUUGCAGUGCCCACUUCACCGUUGUAGCCCUUUUCUUUGGCCCAUGCAUUUUUAUCUAUGUGUGGCCUUUCACAAAUUUCCCAAUAGAAAAAGUGCUCUCGGUAUUUUAUACCAUUUUCACUCCCCUUUUGAAUCCCGUAAUCUAUACUCUUAGAACUAAAGACGUCAAAGAUUCCAUGAGAAAACUUAGCAGCCGUGUCUUUAAGUCUAGGAAGACUGAUCAUACCCCUUGAAUUCCUCAUGCAAAAAUGAGCAUCUGUUCCCCUCACUCAGUUGGUCAACAUAGUGAUGCUACUGCAAGAUGGAUGAAGACAGAACUAUUUCUGUAAUCAGUCUCAGUAGUCCCUCAAUAUCAGUAAUAUUAAGAGUUCCUCACACAACCUAAUAUUUACUAUGGAGCAUUAUCAAAUCUAAACCCCAAAUUUUAUCCCACAAGGACUCACUUUUUAGAGUAUUCAAGACUUUUCAGGUGUAAGCAUUUAUUUGAGUAUUAAGUGAAAUAUCUGUAUGUUUUAAGAAAGAAUAGAUUUCCUCCCAGUCUCUUAUAAUUGUCUCUAAAAAGGGGGCAAGUGUGAAAGUUCCAACACCUGUACUCUCAAGCAUCCAUGCAUUUUUAAUUGCUGACAAAGAAGCUGAUAAAUGAAUUGUUCUAGUUCAGACUCCAGAAGAAAAUGGAGGGUUCUUGGUAAGUGAAAAUGUUUGCUCUUUAAUGUUUUU